ACGGGUGCAGAACCUGCGCAAUAUGCUGUAAAUAGAAAUACAUAUCUGUAUUGAUACCGAGCUGUGUAAACCGUGUCACCGACCUCCCCACCAGCCCCGUCUCCACACUCUGCUUCCUCCCGUGCUGGGCCGGGGCACAGAACCGGGAAAAGGAACGGGGAUAAUUUACUAGCUCCUCCCACCGGUACCUGAGCUCAGAGGACCAGGAAAUCAAGUGACUACAGCGGAGGCGUGUGAUUGGCGGAAUACAUAAAGGGGCGGGGCAGAAAGUUGAAGAAUUAGGAAUUGGCGCCAAUUUCACAGACAUUUACUGUAUAGCGGCUUUGUCUGUUCCAGAGCAAGGAAUAAACCCAGUCCCACCUGAUUCCACAUCACAGGGAGCCCAAAGCCGGAUUUGGGGAGAGGAGCAGGAUCAUCAGAUCCCAUUACUGAGGCCCCUAUAGAGAACACAGGGCCACAUUAUCUGCUUCCACCAACCAGCCAAUGGAAAGGACCAAGAGGACUCAGGCAAGUGUCAAUCAGAGCAGAAUGGAAGCCAGUGAUUACUUUGUCUCCCAGUUGCCGGAUGAGUUGGCUUUGCGCAUCCUCUGGUACCUUGAUGGCAAGGAUAUCCUACAGGUGGCACAGACUUGCCAGCGCUGGAGACAGUUGGCUGAGGAUGAAGGCCUGUGGCAGGGAAAGUGCAAGGCUGAUGGCAUUGAGGAGUACAUGAGCACAGCUACAGGCUCUAGGCCCCCCACUCCAUGGAAAAGCACUUACAUCCGUCAGCUCAGGAUUGAUUCCAACUGGCGCCAAGGGAGGUUCGGAACAAUCACAUUGAAUGAAGAUAACCCGAUUGUCCUGUGCAGUCGCUGGGACUUUGAUGGGAAGGAAAUGGUUUAUGUUGAAUAUGAAAAGACAAUACAAAUCUGGUCGGCAGUUACAGGCGAGUGUCUGAGGACUCUUGUUGGACACACUGAUGAUAUCUAUGUAAUGAAAAUGAGAGAUAACAUCAUUGUCAGUGGAUCAAAGGACCGGACAGUAAAAGUGUGGAAUGCAGAGAGCGGGGAAUGUAUACACACUCUGUGCCAUACUGAUGCCGUGUGUUGUGUAUAUUUCCAUGAGAGAAGGGUAACGAGUGGCUCACGUGACGGCACCAUCAGAAUUUGGGAUAUUGAGACCGGACAGUGCUUACAUGUUCUCAUGGCAGAACUACACAUCACAUAUAUUCACUAUGAUGGUCAGAGGGUGGUGAGCAUUGAUGUCAGAUCCAACCUCAAAAUCUGGGACCCCGAGACUAAGAGCUGUUUGGUCACUUUCCCUAUUCCCAGUGACAGUGUCCGACACUCAGAGCUGAAAGACAGGCGUCUAUUACUGGCCAGUGACAAUGGAACAAUAACAGUGUGGGACACAGACACAGGGCAUUGCAUCCAAACGAUAAUGGAGCUUCAGCGCUACAUAGCAGCAAUAUCACUGAGGAUUAAUAUACUUCUGUCAGGAGAUGGACUACCUCCCGGUUUUAAUUGGAGGAAAUUCGAGCGUUAUAUGAAAAAUGUGCGACUCCGCAGGAAUUUUGUGAUAAGCAACACAGGGUUUGGGCCAGUGCCGCUCUGGGAGUUUGGGCCCGAUUUAGUCUGGGACAAGAAAGCAGACAGAUUUUUGUACCGCUUGAUGAGAAAAAAUGAACUUAUAUAUUUUUUCAGGAUCACUCAAGCAAAAAUCAUCGGUGUUAUUGGGGGGAGAGAGGAUCUAGAGGAGGUGAUCGUGUUGGACUUUGACAAUUCAGAGCCGUGGAGGAGAUAAGGGUUAAAUUUAUACAUUAUGUAAAACCUGCAACAUGUCCGCGUCUCAUUAAAGGACAGGGAAAGCCAAUUUGUUAAUUACGUCAAGAUGUUAGUCACCUCCCAGUAAAAUAAUUCACUGUGUUGUUCCCCAGGGUGGUGCUUUUCAGGAGAAACUGAAAUUGCUGCUGGCGGUAUCUAACGUUUUGCCCCCACUAUAGAAUUGCUGUUCAUUGUUACAUAAGAGAUUCCGUUUAUAUUAUACUGUAUUGUUGUUAAGAGAUCUAAACACACCCUGACACACACACACAAAUAUAUAUAUAACUAUACAGUUAUUAACAACAUAAUGUUGAUGUUAUUGCCCACACUAUUUGUAAGCCCGUAUGUACACAAAAAGAGGUGGGGCAUUAUGUAGCCACGCCCUGUUUCUAAAGCAUUUGCCUGUGGUUCAGCAGCACAUAACUCCCUGGAAAUGUCUGAGUUAUAACUGUUGCACUUCCCAUUUCAGGUCAGGUUUCAGUUAAACCUAUGGGCACCUUUGCACUUGUUCCAAAUAAAGCACCAGCUGUGCCACAAAUGUGUCGCUCUUUA